UUGUUGCCCUCGGUCUCGCGUCGCCUGCCCCAGCGCUCCUCCUCUUCGCGGAUGUGGAGCUGUUUGUUCCGGUGUUUGGAGCCGUGAGAGACGGCUGUGAUAGGCACUGAGCUGACAUCUUCCUCCGGCAACACAUCCAACCGUGAACCGUUCAAUAACUCACCACUGAUCCGCGCGUCAAUCCGAGAACUAGAGGCCGCCGCCUGACGCCACUCUCACCGGGAAGAGCGCUCUGAUCUCGGCGUGGCACUCGACCUCUGCUCGGUGAAAACAACACGGCGGGUCCAGGGUUUCUUCCACGCUGCGGGAGGAUUUUAGUUUUUAAGAGUCAUGUGUUAUAUUUAAUCGUUUGGAGACGUAUACGGUUGUAUAGUUUUAGCUGGAGGCAGUGGUAAACAAGCCGGCCCGGGAGCGCUGUUGGCCGGGUAGAACCAAUCGUUGAGUGGCUUCGCUGGUUCGGCUCGUCGGCAUGACUCGAACUAGGAAACCGGCUUUUUCUUUGGGUUAAGACGUGGAUUUAUGCCUCUCCUUUGGCCCUGUUUAGUCCACAAGUUGGACUGGUUUAUUACGGGUUAUUAAAGCUGUAAUUAUCCUGGAUACAGUUUAUAUCUGUUUUGGUUUAGACAUUUACAGCUUCGGUUUUGUUUUACCGGAUUCCUCCUUACAUCAACGCCGGUGACAGCGCACCUUUUCCGUGCGUCGCUGCUGAGACGUCCCGCUGACAUGUUUUGGCUGUGGAGGUUGGACUCUCUAGUGUUGUGAAUCAGCGGAGGAUCUGGAUUUGCUGCCUCCUCUUGGAGACGUGAGCAUCACCGGGAGGACAUGGCGGACAGCACCCGGAUUGCGAGCCCUCUGGCCGGGAAGAGGCGCGGGCAGCAGCCGUCGCCCUCGCUCCGGCCCCGGCUCCAGAACCCCUCCAGCGGGCACAGUUUUAAGAAAGUGACGCUGACGAAGCCCACGUUCUGCCACAGCUGCAGCGAGUUCAUCUGGGGGCUGGCGGGCUACCUCUGCGAGGUGUGUAACUUCAUGAGCCAUGAGAAAUGUCUGAAAACUCUGAGGUCGGUGUGUUCCUGUCUCACGCCCACCAUUAUCUCUGUGCCUGUCGCUCACUGCCUGCUCCCUGCUGGACACAAGAAGAGGUUCUGUAGUGUGUGUCGUAAACCUACAGGGGGCAGCACUGAUCUGCGCUGUGAGGUGUGUGAGCUCCACGUUCACUCAGACUGUGCUGUGUUCAGCUGUGCCGACUGUCGCUGCUCUCACAUGGACUCACCGCUACAGUUCCCUGACACUUGGCCACACCACUGGAGGGAGGGUUGUGCUUCGUCGUCGUGUCGCUGUGAGGUGUGCCGCCGUUCCUGUGGUUCCUCAGAUGUGCUCACUGGGCUCCGGUGUGAGUGGUGCGGAAUCACGAGCCAUGGCACCUGCUUCGUGAGUGUGCCUCCAGAGUGUACCCUAGGCCGGUUCCGCACCAUGAUCCUGGACCCGCGGUAUGUUCAACUGGAGUCUAGGAACUUCAGCAAGAUGCACCUAUACAGAGUCCAGGAGAGCAGCGCACCAGAGCAGGAUACCUCAGAUGAAGUGGACGUCUCAUUGGCGGUGAUAAAAGAUGGUUCAACUGCUGCUGCUGACUCUGGGAGGCAUUUCUUAAAAGUGUUCGAUGGAGAUGAUGCAGUGAAACGAGGCAGCUCCCGUACUGUGUCCGUCUCCAAAGCAACCAACAACGAAGAAGUGGUGGAGGCAGCACUGAGAGCCUACUAUCUCCCUGACGACCCUCUGGACUUUGAGCUGCAGGAGGUUAAUCUCCAUGGCAACGGGCAUCAGGGUCUCCAUGCCGAAGGAGGAGAGUGUGGCGCACAGAAUGAUUCUUCUCACAGUGAAGAAGACAUCCUGAACAGAAACGGACUCAACCAGAACCAAGAGCAGCCCGAGGACCGAGGGGAGACCUGGGUCCUGAGGGCCAAACCCAAGUACUCUGAAGUCCUCAAGGUCUACCAGGAAUGGGAGAGAUCGGAGUCGUCUUUUCUCCAAGUGUCUGUUGCUGAGAACAUCACUGUAGCUGUACUUCUCAACGAGGUUCUGGGACGACUUGGCCGGCAGGGAGAUGAACAAUCAAGCUACAGUCUGCAAGAGGUGUAUAUGAACAACAAACAAGUCAUGAAGCAAACUCUCGGGCCCAAAGAGAAAAUCCUGGACAAAGUCAGAGAAAUCAGGAAGGUGUCUUUGCGUCAGAUGCACCAGACUCGCCUGUACGUGGUGGAGAACAGGAGGUCAGAGGUGAAUGUGGAGCUGCUGAUUGGAGGACUGCCCACUGUGCUGGACACAAAGGAGUAUACCCACCUACUUGAAGAACACCUUGCUAUCAAAAGUAAUUUGGUCUCAAUAUAUCAAAUCUAUGGAGCUCAAGGCUGGCUGUCUCUCCAGAUCUCUUGCUUCUCGGAGGCAGAGAGGAUUUUCAUGUUGGCCAAAGACACCACAGUCUCUAACAAGCAACUUAGUUCACUCGUUUGUCCACAAAUACAGGUAGAGAGACUGUGCCCGGAGGACCAGCCGCUCCUGGUGUUUGUGAACCCUAAAAGUGGAGGACUUAAAGGACGAGAGCUCCUACAUGGAUUCAGGAAGAUCCUCAACCCUCACCAAGUGUUUGACAUCAGCCACGGAGGACCACUGCCAGGGCUGCACGUGUUCCGGUGCGUUCCACGCUUCAGGGUGCUUGUGUGUGGGGGAGAUGGCUCCGUGGGCUGGGUCCUCUCGGUGCUAGAGACCAUCAGACACAAGAUGGUCUGUCGAGAGCCGCCGCUGGCCAUCCUGCCCCUGGGAACAGGUAACGACCUGUCCCGGGUGCUGCGCUGGGGGGCAGGGUACAGUGCCGAGCCCCCCCUCUCUGUGCUGCAGUCUGUGGAGGAGGCGGAGGAGGUACUCAUGGACCGCUGGACCAUUCUGUUAGACGCCCAGGACCUGAGCCAGACUGGGACUGAUAACGGCUACCUGGAACCCCCCAAGAUUGUGCAGAUGAAUAACUAUUUCGGUCUUGGGAUUGACGCUGAGCUCAGUUUGGAUUUUCAUUUGGCACGAGAAGAUGAUCCGGACAAGUUCACCAGCAGAUUUCACAAUAAGGGCGUGUAUGUGAAAGUGGGCCUACAGAAGAUCAGCUACAGCAGAAGUUUGCACAAGGAGCUCCAGCUUCAGGUGGAUUUCGAGACAGUCCCACUGCCCAACAUCGAGGGGCUCAUUUUCCUCAACAUACCCAGUUGGGGCUCUGGGGCCGACCUGUGGGGGUCUGAGACGGAUGGUCGCUUCAGGAAACCCAGCAUCGACGAUGGGUUGCUGGAGGUGGUGGGGGUCACUGGAGUGGUUCAUAUGGGCCAGGUGCAGAGCGGUCUGAGGUGUGGGAUCCGCAUUGCUCAGGGGAACUACAUCAGGCUGACGGUCAGUAAAGAAGUCCCUGUACAGGUGGACGGAGAGCCCUGGGUUCAACCUCCAGGACACAUCAUCAUCUCUGCCGCAGGACCCAAGGUGCGGAUGUUGCGGAAGUCUAAGCAGAAGCAGAAGAAGCAUGCAUCCGGUGGGAAAGACACUCCGCUCUCCUCUAAAGAUGUAGGAUACUGAAACUUUUUAGACAGACAGGUUUUAGUCUGAGCAAGUUUACACUGCCACAGAAAUACUGCUGUUUCUCCUGAAGGCACAAGAAGACUAUUAUGAGAUUGCUCAAAUGGAUACAAGUAAAUGGGAACUGGGUUUACUCCUGGUUUUGUCUUGGUAUUUUCUAAAGUAGUUUCUGGAUUAGUUCUAGUUUGGGUCCAGUGUGGUCCUGGUUUAUAAACCUUAGUCCAACCUGGUUUAGACCUAGUUAAGUUUAGUCUAUUCUCGGUAUAGAUUCUGGUUUUGUCCUGGUUCAGUCUUGGUUUAGACCUGCUGUAGCUCUAAUUUAAUCCAGUUUUUUAAAUUCUAGCCCACUCUAGUCCUGGUUUAGUCCUUGUUAAGCCUUGGUUUAGACCUGAUUUGAGCCUAAUAUUUGGGUUUCAGCUUUCUGUUAUAUGUGAUAUUUUGAGGACUUAUUCAAUAAUGUGUUAAUUGCUAUGGUAACGGUCCUAUUUUUCAUCAUUUUGAAACCCAUAAAUAGGUUGCGUUCACGUCCUAGAAUUUGAAUUUGCAACCAAUUAGACAUGCCAAUAUGGCCCCGUUUAUUUAUUUAUUUUUUUGUCUUGUUUUAACUGAAUUUGAAUUGUAAUGUCUUAACUUGAACACUACGUAACCAAGUCUAACCCAAUGAAGUAUUCACAGUGCUGUUUGUCACCUGUAGCAGUGGACUCUGUUACCGUAACUAUUGUACAAACGUGCAGCUAUUUUUAGUAUUGGCUUUUGUCUGUGGGUGUACUGCUGUUUUAGUAACAAUUACAGAAUCUUUUGCACAACUCAAAAUGUAAAAACAUCUAUUUAAAAUGUUGAAAUUUAUGAUUGAAGGAUGCUGUCAUUUUAAGAAGUAUCUUUUAAUCCAGGUUUAGAUGCGAUUUAAUCCUGGUUUAGACUCCUAUUUGUCCUGUCGUGUUUUAGUCCCUCUUUUGUACUGUUUGUGUUUAAACCUAGUUUAGUCCUGAGUUAAUCUAAAUUUAGACUCUAAAUUAAUCCUGGUUAAAUCAAACUAAAUUACAAAUUAAAGUGCAUGUGACAGAUUAGAAUACUCAUUUCACUAAAACUCAUUUAACAUAAUUAUAUCUAAGAAGAAAAUGUGGUGAAGUUCCUUCCUUUUCCUUUUAUAUCCUGGUUGGACCAUAGACUGUAUAUAUAAAUGGACAUAGCUAAUCUGCUCACCGUCGUGUUCCAAAUAGGAACUGGAGCCGAACGUUUUGGGUGACACUCACUUAGUCACUUUCUACAUUCUGUGGGUUGGACACAGGCAGAAGACAUGACACAUGUAAAGGUAAUUCCAUAAUUGUUACCUUGCAACCAUAAUGUUAACAAGGGCCAAAACUUGUCUAAAAUACACAAUAUGACUAGACUAAUGAAAAUAAAUAAUACCUUAACCAUUUAGUUAAAUGGUAAAUGUAUUAACUGUCAGAAAAAAUCCUUGGGUGUCAGUUGUCUGUAUUUGGAUGGAGUCUGCUGUGAUGACAGAGGCAGUGUAUUUUUGUACUUUUCUUCUCAUAUUUUUUCACAAACUGCCACUUAACUGAUGUAAAACAAUGAUAAAUAUUCACCACAGGCACAAUCCCACCAAAGCAAAUUAUAAUUAUAAAAACAUGAAAACCUGUCAUGUGCACUUUAAAGCUAAAAUUGCCAUAAAAGAUUGAUUAAAAUGUGGAAUGAGGCACAUUUUGUCCACUGCCCUCUUAAGCUUCUAUGGCUCUUAAGGCAGUGAACUUUUUAUUUUUUUUUUGGCCAGUGCCAAAUCUAGAUUAUUCAAUCCCAAGACCUUGUUCAAGUGUUUGUUCAGAGUUUCUACUAAUAUCAAAAGUAUUAUGAGAGAUUAACAUAUUAAUUAAUUUUGGUGCUGACUUGUGGUUUUAAAUAAUUUUACUUGGAUUUUUAUAUUAUUUUAUACAUGACAUUUUUUGACAUUUAUUUUCACUAAAUAUAUAAAGUGGUAUUAAAUGUUUUAGGUUUUAAAUAUUUCGUUAGGAGUAAAUCUGACCACUUGAAUGCACUGUGUCCAGCUACGGUGCCCUCUGUCAUUUAUCCAGAGGUACUGCUUUUCCUGCCACUGUAUUAAAUUAUCUGGACUUUUCAAACAUGCUACACAUAAACCCAAAUUUUAAAAGUACAACUUUACCUACAGACCAGUCCUGGUUUUGAUUUAGACCAGGGGUGUCCAAAACUAUGGCCUGUUAACUGCUCUUAUUCAGAGGCGGUAGAGGAGCCAAAAACUGCUCUCAAGUAAGAGUAAUGUUGCUUCAAUAAUAGUACUCAAGUAGAAGUACAAAGUAGUGGUUCAAAAAAGUACUCCAGUAAGAGUAAAAAAGUAUUUGAGAAAAGUACUACUCAAAUAAGAGUAACUUAAAGAGUAACUGUCUGGACGUAACAUCUGAUUUAUGAUUUGAAGUGAAUGUGAUGUGAAGGACAAAACAUUAAAUACUGCACAGAAUCUGGUAUUUUCAAACAGACAAAAAUGAGCCAAACUAAAUCAAUCUGAAAAAGCUGCAAGAAACACAACUGUUCAAAUAAUUUCUUAUUGUCAACAUAAAGCUUGUCACUUUAGACUUACUCACAGUGGGAAGAGUAACCACAACUUUUCUCAACUAACUGUACUGUACUGAUAAAAAUAUUCCUCAACUAGGAGUAAAUGUAUGUGGCUAGAAAAGUAAUCUGAAAAGUACAGUUUCUUCAGUUACUCAAGUAAAUGUAAAUGAGUACUACCCUACUUGGCUACUUUAAUGAUUCUGUGUCCACUUCAUAUUGUUCCAUAAAUGGCCCUUGAUGAAAAAACUUUGGACCCCUUGGUUUAGGCCCCGCGUAACCUGCAUUAAGACAUACCAAAAAUGACCAAGUACUCUGUAAAGUACUACUGCGUUACUUCAAGCGUGUGUCGUAGUAGUAGUAGUAGUAAUAAUAUGUGUACACUCCUCCAGGUUGUGGUGGUGCUGUGACUCUGUGCCUCUGUGAAAUGAAAACUUGGCUCUGUUGUUUUCAGAUCCUCCAAAUUAAAGAUGAGUAUACGUCAUGAGACAGUGUAACGGGGGGAUAACACUGGGUGAGAUGGAGCGGCUCAUUAUGUUUUACUGGACGUCUCUUUAGACGGUUUCAGGACAGAAGAUAUAAUACAUACUUUCAAUGUUAGCUGUACUUGCUGAGGUCGACAGAUGUGGUUCUGGUGUUAACUUAUCUGAGUCCCACUUUAGCUGUAAUGGAGUGAUGGUGUAUUUACUCCUCGUUUACUCCUGGUUUACUCCUGGUUUAGCCUAGUUUAGCCCAGGUUUAGUCCAGGUUCAGAGCUUACACGGUGUUCUUAUUCGACUAAACGGCUAAAAGUCCACCUUGAGACGUGGUCAGCUGUUGUGGGCAUAGAACAGGGCAGUGCCUCAUAUGUUAUGUGCCUACAUGUGCAUUUAUUUUACAUGAAGUUGUAAAAAAAAAAAAAUAGAUGUAUAUUUUUGCAGAAAUUUGUUGUUUUUAAUUUUUUUUUCUUUGUUUUUGAGAUAAAUGUAAAAUGUUUAACUGAAUGUUACAAUGUUAAAUAUUAAUGUUAUAACAUAAUGUGACUAUUCUAAUAAACUGGAGUCUAUGG